AUGAUCGGGGGAGUGCAUUUGAAUGACUAUUUCAAGUCCGUCGCAUGCAAAGAGGGGGAGAUCCGAGAGUGCUACUCUAAGCCUCUCGAGCUGGGGCGUUCGGAUUUGGUGGAGAUGAUGGUUUUAGAUGGCUGUUUCAUCAUCGAGUGGUUCCACGUGAUGGGAUCAAUACUGGAACCAGACAAAUACGAUCCGAUCAUCUAUUUUCCGGGCAUUUUCCGGCUAGUGAUCACGGAUUUCAUCCAGCUUGAAAACCAGAUUCCUUUUUUCGUCCUCAAUAUCCUGUACGAGCUGUCAAAGUCUCCGGAGGAUCCUCGUAAUCUCCAAACUCCGGUGUUUGAUAGCUACAACAAGGCAUUCUGUUGGGAGGAACAAGUAAUGCGGCCUUACUACGACAUCCCAAAUUCAAGACACUUGCUUCACUUACUCCAUUCUAGCUUUGCCCAUUUUCCCACUGAAUCGCUCGAGGACGUAAGAUACGACUACCGAAGGCUAAACUACUCAGCCAAAGAGCUCAAGCUCGUGGGCAUCAAGUUUAAGCCAAGGAUGAGUACCAGAUUCCUGGACAUUAGCUUCACCAAUGGAGUGCUCAAAGUGCCCGGUAUAAAUCUAGACGAUACAAUGGUGGCUUUCCUCGGCAACUGCUUCGCCUUUGAGCAGGGGGGCCACAUGCGUAUGUCCCAGAACAUCACUUGCUACGUUACCUUACUCGGGAAACUCAUAAGCAACUCCGAAGAUGCGGCUCUCCUAUCCGAACUUCAAAUCAUGAAAGACAUAUACUUCGGGUCUAAUGACGCGGUUGUGCGUUUCUUUUGGGACAUGGGCCGAGAGAUGAUGUUCGACAUCAGAAGGAGCUAUGUGACCAAGUUGCUCCUUGACAUGGAGGAGUACACAAAUGACCAGUGGCACUUGCGGCUGACAAGAAUGAAAUUGCUGAUUGUCUCGUCGAUCCGGUGUUAUGCUGCUGCUGGUGCUCACGGUCGUCCAAACCACAUUUGUGGGGAUUGCCUACUUCCGCCCCCAGAAGUAAAUGAGUGA